AUGUUAACAACUCCCCAAAUAUUUUUCUUUCUUUCUUUCCGUUUUCGAUUUCUUUCUUUCUUUCUUUCUUUCUUUCUUUCUUUCUUUCUUUCUUUCUUUCAUUUGUCGUUCUUUCUUUCUUUCUUUCUUUCUUUCUUUCUUUCUUUCUUUCUUUGUAGAUCCGUCUUUUUCAUUCAAUUUGGCUUAAGAUCAAAUUUCACUUUCUUUCUUUCUUUCUUUCUUUCUUUCUUUCUUUCUUUCUUUCUUUCUUUCUUUCUACAUCCGGCACUUUCAUUCAAUUUACUGAAAUUUCUUUCUUUCUUUCUUUCUUUUUUCUUUCUUUCUUUCUUUCUUUCUUUCAAUUUUGUUUCAACUGAAAUUUCGUUUUCUUUCUUUCUAGAUCCUACCCUUGUACUCUGUACUUUCCCUAUUUUAAAAUUCUGUACUUUAUUUUCUUUCUUUCUUUCUUUCUUUCUUUCUUUCUUUCUUUCUAGAUCCGAGACUUUCAUUCAAUUUGGCUUAGGCUCAAAGUUAAUUUUCUUUCUUUCUUUCUUUCUUUCUUUCUUUCUUUCUUUCUUUCUUUCUUUCUUUCUUUCUUUUAAAACUCUGUACUCUAAUUUCUUUCUUUUAGACUCUCUCAGACAAUUUCAUUUAAUUUGGCUUAGGCUCAAAGUUAAUUUUCUUUCUUUCUUUCUUUCUUUCUUUCUUUCUUCUAAAACUCUGUACUCUAAUUUCUUUCUUUUAGACUUUGUACUUUUCCUAUUUUAA